AUGGUUAUAAUAAGAGAUUAUAAAGAGUAUCAUACGGAUGCAACGGUACGAUUCGUGAUAAAAAUGACUAAAGAGAAACUCAGAGAGGCUGAAAUGGAAGGUCUUCAUAAGGUGUUCAAACUUCAAACCGCUAUUAAUACAACAUCAAUGGUCAGUUGGAUUUCAGUAAAAAUUCAUUUUCAUUACAUUUUAGAGGAGAUACACUUCAUUUUAAUUUUUUUUUGUUGGAUAUGA